GUCUGAGUGGGAGAAGUGACCAUUCAUUUCCAUUUGUCUCCAGACAGAGUGGACUUUAUACUGAUCCUCACAGCACCACAGCAGAGAUGGAGUUACUUCUCACUGUCCUGAACUGCAUGGAGCUCUGAGGGGAAAAAGUGGACAAUAACAUAAUCUGGAGAAUAAGUAAUAAUCUAAGGGGCCAUGCCGUGCGUUCAGACCCAGUGCGGCUCCUCUCCACAAGGAGCCAGCCCAGCCUCACAGAGCUCCGGCAGCUGCGACUUCCUCACCCCGGAGUUUGUCAAGUUCAGCAUGGACCUUACCAACUGUGAAAUAUCAGCUGCAACGUCGGGUCCCACUUUUGGCCCUUUGGGGGAUACCGGGUACGACGUAAAGCCCCCGUGCCUCUUCCAAAUGCCACUUCAGGGAGAGCAUCCGUGCGUAAAAGUGGAGGAUGCGCACGGGUGUCCGCGCUAUCAGCAGAACCACCUGCAGUCCGAAGAUCUGCUCUCCUCCCCGGGAUCGGUUUAUUAUUACCGGCCUCCUUCGCCGCGUACACCCAUGACAUCCAACUUCCAACACCAACCGGGACAGAUAUGGGAGGACUCCGGAUCUCUGUACAGUUUUAGACAAGACUAUUUGGCGGCGGCGGCGCACCGGAAAAACACACUUUCCAGAUUCUCGCUGUUUUCCCUUAAACACGCGCAACACGGAAAUCAAAGCUUGCCAACAUGCCAAAUGAAAUUUGACGGGUCUCUCCACGUGUCCAUGAACUUGGACGCACCCGGGGCGCACCAGCCUCUGGACAGCCCCGGGAUUCUGGGCUCUAUUAGUGCCCACGGAAAGCAGCCCGGAUUGGGAUUUCCUCACCCGCUGCAGUUUGCGCACAGCCACCAUUUUAUGGAUUAUCAGAGCCCUUGUUCUCCCAGCCGAGGGGAGCUGAGCACGGAGGGGCUGUGUGCGGUGUGCGGGGAUAACGCAGCCUGCCAGCACUACGGAGUGCGCACCUGCGAAGGCUGCAAGGGUUUCUUCAAGCGGACCGUACAAAAAAAAGCCAAGUAUGUGUGUUUGGCUGCUAAAAGCUGCCUUGUGGACAAACGCAGGAGGAACCGAUGUCAAUACUGUCGCUUCCAGAAGUGCCUCGUCGUGGGGAUGGUCAAAGAAGUGGUGAGGACAGACGGUCUGAAAGGUCGCAGGGGUCGCCUGCCGUCUAAACCCAAAACGGUUCCUGAGUCGUCUCCGCCUGUCAGCACCCUCCUGAGCAGCCUCAUCAGGGCACAUGUGGAGUCCAACCCUCCACCUUCUCGCCUUGAAUACUUCAAAUUCAAGGAGAGUCCACCAGGAGAGGACGCUCAGCAUGUGCGGCAGUUUUAUGACCUGCUGACCCGAUCCAUGGAUGUGAUUCGAGGUUGGGCGCAGAAGAUCCCGGGCUUCACCUCCCUUCCCAAACACGACCAAGACCUCCUGUUCUACUCCGCUUUCCUGGAGCUCUUUGUGUUACGACUGUCAUACAGAUCCAACCCGGAGGAAGGGGAGCUGAUGUUCUGCGACGGCUCCGUGUGGCACCGGCUGCAGUGCCUGAGGGGUUUCGGGGAGUGGAUCGACGGCAUCGUUGAAUUCUCCUCUAACCUCCAGAGGAUGAACCUGAACAUGUCCACAUUCUCCUGCUUAUGCACCCUGACUCUGGUCACCGAGCGGCACGGGCUGAAGGAGCCUCAGAAGGUGGAGGAGCUGCAGAACAGAAUCAUCAAAUGUUUGCAGGACGCAGACUCAGACUGCUGCUCCAACCGUUUGUCCAGACUUUUGGAAAAACUGCGAGAACUCCGCACUCUGUGCAUCCAAGGCCUGCAGAGGAUUUUCUAUUUGAAGCUGGAGGAUUUGGUGCCGCCGCCUGCAAUAAUAGACAAGUUAUUCCUGGACACGUUGCCGUUUUAGAGACACGACAGAAUACACAGGGGGACGUUUGCUCCUUUUUCACUUCUUUGGAUUUCAUUCCAACAGUUUGACAUAUGUGCACUACAUAAAAAGACAUUUUAAAAUCUGAUAUUGAGUUGUUAAAUUGCAUUUUUCAGUUAAAAUGAGACUGAAAACUAAUUUAUUUCAACACUUAAUUACCUUGGAUUAUGAAGGAAACAUGAAUUUAGUCUGUAAUUUAAAUUAUCAUCUUAUUUUGCAAUGUGAUUUUAACUGCUUGUCAGGCCAACACUAUUGACUGUAAUUGUAUUAUAGGUUUUACACUCUUAUGAAGAGGCAGUUUUUAUACAAGAAAUGUGUUUCCAAUAUUGUUUUUCAUCACAUAUUAGUCAUAUAGUGAUUAAUAUAAUAACAGUAAUGUUCAGUAGUCCAUCAUGGUCUGGUGUUCUUAGAUUAAAGUGUCAUUGUCCAUGUUU